GGCACCUGGAGCUGCCGGAGUUUCCGCGCGCGGGAGGGAGAUGCGGCCGCGGUUGGGGCUCCUCACAGAUUUCUAACCAGCAUAAUGCUGGAGCCAGAGUCUGACAGCCUGUGGUUUUCAAAAUGGCCGAGCUGGAUGCUGAUUUGGAUCACAUCAUCCCAUCUUCUGUCCUUGCCCCUUUCUGGGCCAAGUUAGUAGUGGGAUUAGUUUCCCUCUUGUGUUUUGCACGGAGCUAUGAUGGAGAUUUUGUCUUUGAUGACUCUGAAGCUAUUGUUAACAACAAGGAUCUCCAGGCAGACACUCCUCUGGGGGACCUGUGGCAUCAUGACUUCUGGGGCAGUAGACUGAGCAGCAACACCAGUCACAAGUCCUACCGGCCUCUCACCGUCCUGACGUUCAGGAUCAACUACUACUUGUCUGGCGGCUUCUACCCGGUGGGUUUUCAUGUGGUCAACAUCCUCCUACAUGCCAGCAUCUCUGUCCUCCUGGUGGACGUCUUCUCGGUGCUGUUUGGUGGUCUGCAGUACACCAGUAAAGGCCGGAGGAUGCACCUGGCCCCCAGAGCAUCCCUGCUGGCAGCCCUGCUGUUUGCUGUCCAUCCGGUGCACACCGAGUGUGUUGCUGGUGUUGUCGGCCGUGCAGACCUCCUGUGUGCCCUGUUCUUUUUGUUAUCUUUCCUUGGCUACUGUAAAGCAUUUAGAGAAAUGGAGUCAUUUAUCCUCAUUGAAGGCUUUCCGUACAAUCUGGGCUUGAAUGCUGUGUUUGAUGUCCUGGUGAUUGGCAAACUCAGUGUGCUGGAAGUCAUCCAGAAGGUGCUUCGUAAGGACAAGUCAUUAGAGAAUAUGGGUGUGCUCAAGAACGGAGGCCUCCUCUUCCGAAUGACCCUUCUCACCACUGGAGGGGCUGGUGUGCUCUAUGUGCGCUGGAAAAUCAUGGGUACUGGCCCGCCAGCAUUUACCGAGGUAGACAACCCGGCCUCGUUUGCUGACAGCAUGUUGGUUAGGGCCAUAAACUAUAAUUACUACUAUUCAUUGAAUGCCUGGCUGCUGCUGUGUCCCUGGUGGCUGUGUUUUGAUUGGUCAAUGGGCUGCAUCCCCCUCAUUAAGUCCAUCGGUGACUGGCGGGUAAUUGCUCUAGCAGCACUCUGGCUCUGUCUAAUUGGCCUAAUAUGCCAAGCCCUGUGCUCUGAAGACAGCCGCAAGAGAAGAAUCCUCACCCUGGGCCUGGGAUUUCUCGUGAUCCCAUUUCUUCCUGCAAGUAACCUGUUCUUCCGAGUGGGCUUUGUGGUUGCAGAGCGAGUCCUCUACCUCCCCAGUGCCGGGUACUGCAUGCUGCUGACUUUUGGAUUUGGAGCCCUUAGCAAACACAGUAAGAAAAAGAAACUGAUCGCUGCCAUCGUCCUGGGCAUUUUAUUCACCAACAUGCUGAGAUGUGUGAUUCGAAGUGAUGAGUGGCGGAGUGAGGACCAGCUCUUCAGAAGCGCCCUGUCCGUGUGCCCCCUCAAUGCUAAGGUUCACUACAACAUUGGCAAAAACCUGGCUGAUAAAGGCAACCAGACAGCAGCCAUCAUAUAUUACCGGGAAGCAGUAAGGUUAAAUCCCAAGUAUGUUCAUGCUAUGAAUAAUCUUGGAAAUAUCUUGAAAGAAAGGAAUGAACUACAAGAAGCUGAAGAGCUGCUGUCUUUGGCUGUCCAAAUUCAGCCAGACUUCGCUGCUGCCUGGAUGAACUUAGGCAUCGUGCAGAACAGCCUCAAACGGUUUGAGGCUGCAGAGCAAAGUUACCGGACAGCAAUUAAGCACAGGAGGAAAUACCCAGAUUGUUACUACAACCUUGGGAGGCUGUAUGCUGAUCUGAACCGUCACGCAGACGCUCUGAAUGCAUGGAGAAAUGCAACCGUGCUGAAGCCAGAGCACAGCCUGGCCUGGAACAACAUGAUCAUCCUCCUGGACAACACAGGUAAUUUAGCUCAAGCAGAAGCUGUUGGAAGAGAGGCCCUGGAAUUAAUACCUAACGAUCAUGCUCUUAUGUUCUCCUUGGCAAACGUGCUGGGGAAAUCCCAGAAAUACAAGGAAUCUGAAGCUCUGUUCCUCAAGGCAAUCAAGGCAAAUCCUAACACUGCGAGUUACCAUGGUAAUUUGGCUGUGCUGUAUCACCGCUGGGGACAUCUCCACUCGGCCAAGAAACACUAUGAAAUCUCCUUGCAGCUUGACCCCUCGGCCGCAGGCACCAGGGAGAAUUACAGUCUGCUACGAAGAAAGCUAGAACAAAUGCAGAAGAAGGAUGUCUGAUCUUUUUCUUUUGUGUUUUGAGUUUCUGCAUGCAUGAAGCAUAUCGGUUAUGUGGUUAUGUUUAACCAUUUAAGAUUCUCAGACAUGUUUAUUUUACUCUUUUUUUAUAAAAACAAAGAUAUGCAAAAAAAAAAAGAUUUUAGCACCAGCAAUAUACUCUUGAAUGCUUGAUAACGGUUUUUGCAUCAAAAUGGUAUUUUUUCAGACAACUCAAAUUAAUUCUAAAAUCCCAAAAAUGAAAGCUUUUUUUAACUAAAUGGAAAACGAGAAAAAAAAUUACCUUGAGUAACUCUGACUAUCCUUAAGCCUGCAUUUGGGAUGUGAACUUUGUGACCAGGAGGUGACAGAUGCCUGCAACCUAUGUAAAUAGCAAAUGUGUCUGUAUAUUAGCAUAUUUAUUUACUGACAAGAAAGAGUAAAAUGUUUGGUUUUUAAUCUCUUUUCACACCAGUGUACCAGGUACUCUGUUUAUAAGGAAAUAUUUAUUUGUAUUUUUAUGUGUUGAGUAGGGCAGAUAAUUGAAUCAGAAAUUGAAA